CGCUGGUUUUUCACUCGCCUGGGUUUGCUCCCGAAUUUCGGCCUAGCUAUCCGUCUUUUGGUAAGGAGCUACUGUUGUGGUACUUUAGCUAGCUGCAAUCCAGCUCAUGCCAAUUUUCUUUCGAGGUUCCACGGGACGGCCACAACGGACGUUGUCACCUUCAGUGACACUCCGUGUCUGUCUUGUCCGCACUCGGAGUAUUGUGCUGGAGUCGCCACGGUCAAAACUUGGGUUGUGGCCACAGUAAUUAUGUUUCAAGGUAACCCCUGCAAGUUGUCUGCAUUCCCUCAUUGCCUAUUUUAAUAAGGGUGCCUGACG